AAUUUAAGUGAACCCAACAACUCCUCCACUCCCAUUCAUGGGUCUACACUCUACAUCUUAUCUCCUGCUUUAUAUAUACCCAAAACCCAUCUCACAUAGACACCAAUCUUAACAGAAAACCAUGGACUGGUUCUCUUGGUUAUCCAAAACUGACCUUGAGCCUUCUCUGGUAUAUGAAUAUGGCCUUGCUUUUGCACAUAAUGAGCUUGAGGAAGAAGAUGUAACUUACUUCAACCAUGAGUUCUUACAGAGUAUGGGCAUAUCCAUAGCCAAACAUAGGCUAGAAAUACUCAAGCUUGUUAGGAGGGAGAAGGGUGGAAGGUUAGAUGCUGUGUCUAAGCUUAUAGCUGCAGUGAAGAAAACCAAGAGAUCUCUUUCUAAGUAUAUCCACACAUGGGUUCAUCGCAAUGACUCUGCUCUCGUCGUUGUUUCGAAGCCUAAUUAUAGUAAGCGUUGGAGAGGAGCCAUGUUGAAGAGGAAUAAGAGGGUGAUGACACUGAAGCAAGAGAGGUUGAUGCUUACAAAUGGAAGUCCAAAGGUUGCAGGGCCUCCUAAUGGUAGUGGAGGUAGUCCAGUGGUCUAUCAACUUCACAACGAUGACAAAGUUGAUGAUGAUGAUGCGUAUUGGGCUAGUGCUGUUCAAGAGAUCAGGUGGGAUGCUAUGUUUCAGGAUUUGAAACCAACAUGAAGUUUCUUACUGCAAUCUUCUUACAAUUGGUGAGAGAUGGUUUUUCAGUUCUUCCACCAGAGAAUUUUGCCUUUUUUUUGUUUUUUUUGUUUUUGUAAUGAUGGGGGCAAUGAAGAAACCCACUUUACCUUCCAUAGGGUCUGCUUUUGUCAUGAAGAUGUCCACUUUGCUUCAGUAUUUUUCUUUUCCUUCUUACUUACCUCCUCCCAGUCCCCACCUCACUUUUCCUUUUUUUUUUUUUGGUUGCUGUGAUAGGAAAGAAAGCAUGAAGAGCUUAGUUUGUAAUGGAAAUGAUUAUAGUAGGCAAGUGUGUACAACCAUGUUAUCCGAUAGAGUUUAGUAAUGAAUCUAGAUAUUCCCUGAGUGGUUUUAAAUCUUCC